UUUUGGCGAAUGCUUGUGCCCCAAAAUCGAUAUGCCUCGCCGCUCAAAAGCUUCGUGAUGCGGGCUCCUCCUCCGCAUUUCCCCCCUUCUCACCACGGAAGUACUCGAACCGCCUGCUACACCGCUGAGGACAUCGAUAUGGCGGACAAAGUGACGCCUCACAAAGGUCCUGUGCAAGGGGAACCCACUAACGCCGCCGACGUACGGCAGCAGAGCCAGAAAAACGCGAAGGCGUGGAAGAUCGAAGUGUACGACCGCAUUGUCGAGGCAGUGCCUGACAUCAAUGUCUUCCUGGCAGAGUUUGUCCACUCUGAGAAGCCGAUCCCCCUUGUCCCGACAACAGGUUCAAAGCUAAAGUGCCUACGGGGAAAGGAAAGGAGUUUAGCAUGUACGAACCUCUAAUACAGGGCCUCACCAGUCUGGUUCAACACUUCCCCAAGGGGAAAUUACCGACAUUCCUUAAUCACGCGCACCGUACGAUGCAAUCCCCGUUUGCUCUGUGCGACGAGGAGCAACAUGAAACAAAGCCGGACGUCAUCGCGACAGUCCCCGGGCUUCCGUGUAUCCCACCUACGCAUCGCUGGCGACACGUUGCGCUCGUCUUCGAGGCUAAAUCUUGUGACAGCGACGAUCCGAUGGAGACCAUCACGGAGACGCACGAGGAGACACUCGUCCAGCUGGCGAAGAGCGCACGCAACAUCAUGCUUGCCCAGGGGCGAUUAUUCGCCUUCGUCGUCGGGAUCUACGGACACAAGGCACGCAUCUUCCGCUUCGAUCGUGCAGGGGCCGUAUGUUCUCCGUUGUUCAAUUACGUGACGAAACCCGAAAUUCUGCACGAGUUCUUAUGGCGCUUUCUCAACCCGAAGACGAAGGGUUGCGUGGUAGUUGGUGACGAUCCGACAUCAAAUAUGGGCACUCGCAAGGACCGCGCAAGGGUGCAAAAAUUGACGCAGAAGUACGAUCCUUUCUACAAGUACACGGCGGAGAAUAGGAAGGCGGUCCGUCGCUUUAAGGUGACUCACGACAAGGGCGUGACGGAGUAUCUGGCGUACAAGCUGAUAUUCGUCAACCCGCGGCUCUUCUCGCGCGCGACGACGAUCUGGGAGGCCUUUGAACUUAACAAAAAGGGCGAAGGGACGGGCAAGCGUGUCGUCAUCAAGGAGGCUUGGCGACAGUUUGCGCGACCGUCUGAGAUCGGAUUCUACCGGGCGAUGCGGGAGGCGGCAGACGAGGCGGAGGAGGGUGCGGCAUUGUCCCUAUCCGGUGUCGCUGAUUUCGAGUACGGUGACGACCUUGGCUUGCGCGAGGCGAUGGAGCUUGACAAAAUAGCCCGCCGCGAUGCGUCUGGCACGAGCGACGAUGACAACACUCCCGCGGCUUCCUUUUCCGAAGAACCGAAUGACCCGGACGCAUUCCCCCGCUUAAAGGUGCCCUACUGGCAAGUUUUGGGGCAUCGGACCGUUACCGCGCGCUGUCGUGACGCAAUCCACGAGCACAAUGAGCGCGGGCAUGUGCGUCUGGUUUUGAACUCGAUCGGCACGCCCAUCACAGAGUUUGAGUCGACAUAUGAGCUCGUUCGCGCUCUGCGCGAUGCCAUCGAAGGUCAUAGGCAGGCAUACCUGGCUGGUAUCGUUCACCGGGAUAUCAGCAAAGGCAACGUCAUGAUUGCAAGGAGGAUUGACGGUCCCUCUUCGGGCUUUAUACACGACCUCGACUACGCGUGCAGUUGGAAGCGCUUCUUGGCGAGCAAAGGGAAGUCCGUCAAUCUGGAGAGCUGGAAACAACACGCUCGCGGCGAAUACGCGCCUAUCAAGCAACGCAUACUAGAGAAUAUGAUGCGAAAGAUGAACGGGGGCCCAGCAGGCAACGACGACAAGAAACCGGCGACCACAGGGGAUCCUAAGGUGGAUAACAAGCAACGCACGGGCACGCUGCAUUUCAUGGCUGUCGAGGUUCUUUCUGGCCACGUUACCCAUGAAGCUCGCCAUGACCUGGAAUCCUUCUACUGGCUCCUGGUGUGGAUAGUCCUCCGACACACGGCAUUCAUUCAUCCGAACGGGGAAUGGGCAUGGCACGAGCUCUUUGGCGCUGGAACGAUCGCGAGCUGCUGCACACUCAAGGAGUCGUGGCUCAAGCGAGGCUACACUCCAGUCAUGGUAAUGCAAAAUAUGCCGCUCACUACGCUCCUGGAGGAGUUCCGACAGCUGUGCAAGACGAACUUCGACAACGAGGAUUUGAAGAAGCAGUGCAUGACCCAUGAAGACGUCUUGAAUAUUUUCAACAAGGCUCUGGAGAAUCCUGGCGCUUGGCCUCAGGACGACCGUGCGAAGCCCUGGACUCUGCCGAAGAGCGACCAAUCAGACCAGGUCCCGGGCAUGGAAGAGCGCUCAGGUCAGGCUCGUACCAAGGGUACCUUGACCUACACUUCUGCGGCAGCAUCACGUAGUGCAUCUCGACUCGGCGCUCGACUUCAACCGAAGAAGCGUCCCGAGAGUCCACCAGCCCCCUCGACCUCGAAAGCACAGCCAAAUGAAGAGCAUACGGACACGGAUACAGCCGAGUCCGAUGUCGAUGAGUCCGACAGAGGUCCUGCGAAACGGACGGCACGCUCGCGCUCUGCCGGCAAACGACGAGUAGCUGGCCAACACACGUCCACCACAAUGUCUCAUGCAUCGGGCAGUAAUGAGGUUCCGCCUUCCAGUGGCAGCGAGUCACUCAAGCGGCAUCGGUCGGGUUAUGCUUUGCGCUCAGUGCAGACGACGAAGGUGGAGGAUGUCCGGCAAUCUGCGAGGAGCACGUCUCGCAAGAUGGGACCUCCGCCCGCUCCGAGAACCCGCUCUGGCGGGUCGCAGAGCCAGUCUGCGAGCCGCCCUAUCAGUGCGCAGGGUGUGGCGUCGAAGAGGGGUAGUAGCGCAACGAAGCGGACUCGUGCGCGCGGAGGCGAUGUGGAAGUCGAGGACGAUGCCGGCGCAUCGCACUCGUCGAAACGGCAAAGGAAGCUCAGCCAGCCUGAGACGGGCCAGGGCUCGCAGAAGUCCCGGGUCAGGCGAUAACGAAACCGUGCGUCGGUAUUGUGUAGUUCGCUUUAAGCAUGACGCAUGAGAGGUGGUAUUGACAUUGUAACAGUAUCUGAGCUCGUCUCUGAGGUUCUACUUUGUACUUUUCGUACACUCGCAGCGAUUCGCAUGUUCUACCUCUUCAUGGCUGGCUGCGUGCCGUCAGUUCUCGAAUCGAUCCGGGUU